AUACCUUGCGUCCAAACAGUAGUCCAAGUGUUACCCCUAUAAUUAAUUUAUGUAACGGAGCAAUUGCAGUAAAAUUGACUUGAAAACAGCCCCUAAGGGCUUAAUCUCCUGCAAAAAUAAAGAAAUUGCAAGAUAUAAAUGACAGUAGUUCGAACGCGCCCAUUGGUCAAUAAUUGUUUGGCGCUCCAAAAAUGUUAAUUUGAGACAAUGGGGCAAGGUAGGAGUCAGUUUAGUGAAGAGGAGCUGCAAGACUAUCAAGACCUGACUUAUUUUACCAAAAAAGAGGUUUUAUAUGCUCAUCAAAAAUUCAAAGUGCUAGCACCGGAAAAAGUGGGCCAUAAUAAAAACGCCAAACUGCCAAUGUCCAAAAUGCUCAAUUAUCCCGAAUUAAAUGUAAAUCCUUUUGGCGAUCGGAUUUGCAAGGUGUUUAGUUCUAGUCGUGAUGGGGACUGCACUUUUGAGGAUUUUCUCGAUAUGAUGUCUGUUUUUAGCGAAGCGGCCCCGAAGUCGGUGAAGGCCGAGCACGCGUUUCGUAUUUUUGAUUUUGAUGGGGAUGAUAUGUUGGGUAUUUCUGACUUGAAACAGAUUAUUGAAAGACUGAUUGGGAAGGAUAAUCAUUUGGGUGAGCAGGAGAUGGAGCGCUUGAUUCAAAAUGUGCUCGAGGAAGCGGAUUUGGACGACGAUGGGGCGCUGUCUUUUGCCGAAUUUGAGCACAUUAUUGACCGGUCUUCAGACUUUCUGAAUUUUUGCAGCGUUUUUCGCAUGCGUCUCUAAUUAUGUGAUCUCAUCACUUUGUGUGAACUGCCAUGACUUGAAUAAUUCCACAAGCCAAAGUAAACAAUUUUAUUUAUUGUUUAAGGAUUUACAAACUUAUAAGAGUAAUAAAAUCAUCACAAACUUA